AAAAUCCUCUUCUUCUUUUACCCACUUUGAAAAACAACAUUCCCAAAUUAAAACAUCUAUCUCCAUCAACGGUCAGCAUCUCACUCCUCCAGGCUCCAGCUAUUGAUUUCCUCGCAUAUUCUGUCUUAUUCCCACGUCAAAAUGUCUUUAAAAUCACCACAUUCUCUCUUCUGAUGUCCUAGUCUCAAAUUCUCUGUUUUUUUUUUUUUUUUUCAAAAUGUUCUAUAUGUAGUCUAGAUUAGGUAGAGUGAUAAGUAAAGCAUUAUGUUUUCCGCGAAAUCAGAUUCAGAAACAAGUCUUGCGGCUUCGUCGUCGUCACCGUCACGAUCUUCAAAACGCACUUUCUACUACGUGCAAAGCCCGUCACGUGAUGACUCCUCUACGUCAAUUAUUCAGCCGAGCCCCAUGGACUCGCCUACACACGAUUCUUCCUCCUUAGGCCGUCACUCACGUAACUCAUCGGCGAGUAGAUUCUCCGGGUUCCGAUCAUCAUCUUCAGGGAGAAAAAACGGCAGGAAGUGGAGGAAGUCUAACGAGCAAGAAUGUAAGGUUAUACUUGAAGAAGGUUCAUCAUACGAUGAAAUGGUCGAUGCGACGUGUAUAAGAAGGUGUCAAGCACUACUUGCCGUUUUCACUUUGGUUGUUCUCUUUAUCUUCUUCUGCUUUAUUGUUUGGGGAGCUAGUAGACCUUACAAGGCUCAAAUCUCUGUUCAGACAUUCGAACUACACAACUUUUAUGUUGGUGAAGGAUCAGAUUUCUCUGGAGUAAGUACCAAAGUGGUGACUUUAAAUGGAACUUUAAGAAUUCGUAUUUACAAUCCUGCCCCAGUAUUUGGUGUUCAUGUUAGUUCCACCCCAAUCAAUCUCUUCUUCUAUCAACUCCCUGUUGCCACCGGUCAGUUGAAAGAGUAUUAUCAAUUAAAGAAGAGCCAAGAAACGGAAUCAGUGGUUAUAGAAGGGAGAAGAGUUCCAUUAUAUGGUGCCGGAGCAAGCCUAGAGGCGACGGAGAGAGGUGGAAAGAUUCCGGUGAAGCUGAGAUUUGAAGUCCAAUCGAGAGGAGAUGUGGUCGGAAAAUUGGUUAGGAUUUGGCACACAAAGCGAAUCUCAUGCACAUUUGUCAUCGAUGUUGCUAGUAAUAAGCCCAUACCGUUCAAUAAGAGUUCUUGCCGCUAUUCAUGAUUGCAAUUGGCAACUCAAUGCAUACAUAAGACGAGGGUGAUUUGUCUAGAAGUUUUUGAGCAAAUAAGUUGUAAUACUCAAACACUAUGUAGUAGUUUAAUAUCGAUUUUGGUGAAUAUUUUUCUCGCA